AUGAAAGAAGCUGCAAAGACUUCUGUCCGCAAGGUUGCAGUGCUGGGUGGAGGUGCUUUUGGUACAGCUAUGGCAAACCAUGUUGCCAGCAAGGGCAUCCUUGUCAGCUUAUGGGCCAGGGAAGAUGAGGUCGUGCACAGCAUCAACAACAAGCAUGAGAACAGCACUUUUCUGGCUGGCAUUCCGCUAAGUGAGAAAAUCGUCGCAACGUCAAGUGUCGCAGAAGCUGUUUCGGAAGCCGAGCUUCUCUUCCUGAUCAUCCCGACGCCUUUCAUUGCAAAGUGGCUCGAGCAGAACCAGACGGUUCUUCCGUGGCAGGUUCCACUCGUGUGCUUCAGCAAGGGGAUCGAACAACAAAGCCUUCGCACUCCUUACGAGAUCUUGGUUGAUGAGCUUCCGGGAAAGUAUCAUGCCAAGCUGGCAGUGGUGAGUGGUCCAUCCUUUGCCAAAGAAAUUGGCGUUGGUUUGCCAACGAGUGUAACUUGCGCGGCACAGGACAUUGAAGUUGCGAAGCAAAUCCAGCUGGCAUUGGCGACACGAAACUUUCGUGUGUACACAGCGGCAGAUGUUAUCGGUGCCGAGUUGUGUGGAGCUCUUAAGAACGUUUUGGCCAUUGCUUGCGGCGCCAGCGAUGGGUUUGGCUUCGGAGCCAACGCGAGAGCGGCUUUGAUCACCAGAGGGUUGGCAGAAAUGACACGCCUUGUGGUCAAGAAAGGUGGAAAGGCUUCAACCAUCACGGGGCUAGCGGGAGUUGGGGACCUCGUCCUGACCUGCAGCAGCAGCCUCUCGCGGAACUACUCAGUUGGUCAGGCUAUGGUUGCAAGGAGUCUACCAGAGCAUAAGCGUCAGGUGGCUGGAACUGGAAACUUCAACCAAGACCUGGCAGUGGCCGAGGGAGUGAAGACCAGUCUUGCGGUCCACCUUCUAGCCGAAAGACUUGAGGUUGAGAUGCCCAUCUGUGAGUCUGUGUACGAAGUCAUUCACAAAGGAGUUGACAUCAAGACCGCACUUCGCAAGUUGCAAGAUCGCCCCUUGAGAGCCGAGCACGAUGAGUAUCAGGGCACCUGGGCCGUGCGCUUGCUGCUUCCAACUUCGCAAGGAGCUUUGAGAGCCGCCACGCCCGGCACGCAGGCCACUCUUUCUUGUGCAGUGGAUACCCUCUUCCGCAUCGAGGACGUUCGGAAGACGCGUGCAAACGGAGAAGUUGAAGGACAGCUGUGUGUGGCCCGAGCCCUAGACUUCCGAUGCUGCUUUGAGCUCGUGAAGCUGCCAUCCUGGGAGGUGCUGACUGCCGCAGACCGAGGCUGGCCUGGCCUCGACGAGGAUGAGGCUGAGGUCGCAGCAGUCAGAGCCUGCCUCGCCGCUCCUCUCCGCAGCUGUUUCUGGCGGGCCCUUCCCUGCGUGGAGAUGAGAGCCACAGCCCGAAGGCUGCUGAAAUGCGCACCUCUCGCAGCCCCUCUUGCCGUCCCUUUAGCUCGUGGGCUCCCUGACACAGGGCCUUCAGUCCACCACCGGGAGAAGUCGGCGCAGCUCAGAAGCUUUCCGGAGGCUCGCUGCAGCACGACUCAUGAACGCGAGUUCGCUUAUAUCCACGAGCACAACUUCGAUGAAAAAAUGUGGUCGAUAGCUGGCAAGGUGGAUUUCUUAGGGCUUAUGGAGGAAGGAUGCUACCUCUUCAAGGGCGUGGCUAGGGAUGUCAUUCUCAGGCAUGACAAGCAUGACUGUUCAAGAGGUUUUGAGGAGGGCUUGACUACAAGUUAA